UCGAAUUUUCAUUCCGCAGCGAACGGCGCAGCAGUCAAGAACAGAACGUGGAACAUUGACGGAGAGACAGAGACGCGGAGCGACGUGUGUUCUGUGUUCCUUAUUAUUUUUGUUGGCAUCUCUCUAUAUAUCUCCACCGCCAGCGCCAGCACCAGCACCACCACCACCCUCCUCCUACCCCCACUCGUCUCAAGCGGGCAGCACAAAGAAAAAGUCAAAAUUAUUUGAAUUGAAAAUUGCAACAAAAACCAAACAACAACAGCUGGGGGUUUGGUUCGAGGCGGAAAAUGCAAAUGCAGCUGAAAGUGUCCGGACGCGUGAAUGUUGUGUGUUGACGAUGAGAACCACGUAAGCUCGGCUGGCAGUGGCAGUGGCUAUUACGACGUACAGCGCUACGUACCUAUCCUAUCAUCGAGAGUACCGUACGUACGUACACGUACAGCACCCCCGAAAAACCAUCAGUGCCGAAAAGCACAUGAACUAGAAGCAGAAGCAGAAGCAAAGGCAAAGAAAUAACCAAAUUAAAAGCAAAGACAGAAGGCAGCAGAAAGAGAAAAGCAAAGAACAAAAAAAGAAAGAAAAAAAGUGCAAAGUAAGGGAAAUCUCGAGAAGGAAGGAAGCUGAAGCUACUACCAAAACAAAACAUUCUGCCGUGACCUCAGCGAUGCAGCUGCAAGUGCAACGGUAAAACAGAAGUAAACCAAUAAUAAAGCAAACAACAAGAUAUAGAAGCAAAAGCACAGCACAAAACGUGACAAAUUGCAAAUACAAAAAACAACUUAAAAAUCCGCAUAAAUAAAUAUUCGAAAAUAUUUGAAAAUCUAGAAAAAAUAUUCCGAUUCUCAAUAGAAGCACAAGCACAACGCGUGACUUGAGAUAGUUUUUAAAAGAUUUAAAAGUAUUAACUAAUUUUUAGUGUAAAGCUCAAAGUGCACAUAGACCGAGAAGCGACGCGAACAGCAGCAGAAGCAGAGACCUUAUAGAUAUUUUGAAUAUAUGCACACGGCCUACGCCUAUCUAUCGCUAAUAAAUAAAUAAAUUUAUUUAUCAAAAGUAAAUGAAAGCAAAAACAAAACUCAAUAACAAUUGACAAAAACAACAGCCAGCAAGCCAGCCAGCCAGCACACACACACAUAACGGCGCAUGCAGUCGCAGUAAGAGCCAGAGAGAGAGGGAGUGAGAGUAGAGCCCAAUAUUAGAAAAGAGCGAGUGCAAAAGCUUGGGAGAGGGAGAGAACAGUGGCAAAACGCUUGCUGCUGCUUGCUGUCCGAGGGGGUGAGCCAGAGAGCUACAGAACGAUAGCGUGAGAGAGAGAGAGAGAGAGAGAGAGAGAGAGCAGCAGACAAGAUAAAAACACAGUCAACGUCGGCAACGAAAUUCUCGACAUCGAAAUCGACGUCGACAUUCGGCAUCGGCAUCGGCACAGGCAUCGCAGUCGAAAACGGGAACGGGAACGGGAACAGACGAGGCGCGGGCGCACACACUUCUUCCUCCUCGCGUGUUGCUUCUCCAACCAUUCUCUCCUUGCACUUGCACUCUUUCCUUUCACUCCGUCGCGUGUGCGUGUGCGUGUGCAUUAACGGAAUAAACGCAUCAGAAGUACCGCUUCAGCAUGUUGGAUACCAAUGGCGGAAGUAAUACCGCGGUGUCGGGCAACUCUGCGGCACGCCUGCGCAAAUUCGAUAGGACGGACAGCGAGCUGGCCUGCGAGGAGGCGGCCCGCUUGACCGCCGAGCAGAACGACAGUCCAGAGGACGAGAACGACGAGGAGAACGAGGAUGAGGACGAUGAGAGCGAGUAUGGGGAGCUGCCGCCACCGCCGGACGGUGGCUAUGGCUGGGUCAUCUGCUUUGCCAGCUUCAUGUGCAACAUGAUCGUCGACGGCAUUGCCUACACUUUCGGCAUCUUCCUGGAGGAAUUUGUGGCCUACUUUCACGAGGGCAAGGGCACCGUGGCCUGGGUGGGGAGUCUCCUCUCCGGGGUGUACCUUAGUGCCGGACCCAUCGUCUCGGCGCUGGCCAAUAAAUACGGCUGUCGAGCGGUGUGCAUCGCUGGGAGCAUCAUUGCCUGCAUCGCCUUUGUUUUGAGCACUUUCAGCAAUUCAGUGAGCAUGCUGAUGGCCACCUAUGGAUUCCUGGGAGGAUUCGGCUUUGGAAUGAUCUACCUCCCGGCGGUGGUGGCCGUGGGCUACUACUUUGAGACGAAGCGUUCGCUGGCCACGGGCAUUGCGGUGUGUGGCUCUGGGUUCGGCACCUUUGCCUUUGCCCCACUCGCCACGUACCUGCUGGAGGAGUAUGGCUGGAAGAAUGCCAUCCUCAUCUUUGCCGGCCUCAUCCUCAAUUGCGCCAUCUUUGGCGCCAUGAUGCGACCCCUCACGUACCCCAAGAAGAAGAAGGUGAAGCCCCUGAUGCAGCGCAUGUACGAGGAGAAGCAGCUGCAGCUGGAGCGUGGCUCGUUCGCGGGUUCGCAUUUCAUGGUCCAGCUGCCGGAUGGCACCAUGGAGCGGAAACUCAAGAUGCCCCUCAACGCAGACCCUGGCGUCCAUUCGAGCCUCAACCUGGAGCUGAUGGCCCAACAGGCGGGCGGCCUGCAUCCCGUUUCGACGCUACCAACCAUCACCGAGUCCAAGGUGGUUGAUGUGCACCACAAUGGAAGCGGCGCCCAGUCCCCGCCCAAUGCCGACAGCAAUGGACAGCUCUCUGCCGGUGGCCGCGGGGGUCGUCGGCCGCAUCGCAGCUCCGAGUCGGAUCACAGUCCGUACCACUCGCAGGAUGGCGGACCCAUGACCAGGAACGCCUCGCAGCCCGCCUUUCUGGCCAGCGACCAUCAGGGUCUGCCCAAGAACGGUUCAGUGCCUUCAUUCAAUCGCGUGCGCAAGACCUCGGCAUCGGAGCGCUUUCAACCCUCGCUGGCGGCCAUCAGAGCCUCGUCCCGCCACGAUCUGGAGGCGGGAACUGGCGGAGAUUUCACCACCUCAAAGAUGUCGCUCUCCCAGCGGCAGGGCAGCAGUGGGAGCGGCAAAAUGGUGCGACCCAUGUCCCGCAAGGACAUCUUUUACUCGGGCUCUGUCACGAACCUACCGCAGUAUCAGUCGCAGAAGUCCCUGGCUGGCUAUCGAAACUCUGUUCUGUCCCUCACCAAGUACGAGAAGAGCAUGCAGAGUGUCCACAAGUUGGAUCCCCUGCAGGACGCCGAGAAGCAUCGCGAGGAGUACGACCUGUGCCCGUGUCUGGGCAUCCCCGAUUCGGUCAAAUCCGUGGUGAACACCAUGCUGGACGUGAGCCUGCUCAAGGAUCCCGUAUUCAUGCUGAUUGGAGUGUCGAAUAUCUUUGGCAUGGCCGGACUGUACGUGCCCUUUGUGUAUCUGGUGGAUGCGGCCAAGGAGCACGACAUACCCAAGAGCGAUGCCGCCAUGCUGCUGUCCAUCAUUGGCAUCACCAAUACAGUGGGUCGCGUGUUCUGCGGCUGGGUGGCGGAUCUGCCGCAAGUCAACUCAUUGCUGCUGAACAACUGCUGCCUCCUGGUGUCGACCAUCGCCGUGACCCUCACCCCCCUGUGCUAUAGCUACUCGGCGUACAUCACGAUGUCGAUAUUCUUUGGCCUCGCCAUCUCCGGCUACAUCUCGCUAACGUCAAUUAUCCUGGUCGAUCUGCUCGGCCUGGACAAGCUCACCAAUGCCUUCGGCCUGCUCAUCCUGUUCAGGGGAUUCGCUGCUCUGAUCGGCACCCCUCUGGCCGGCGCCAUCUACGACAUAACGCACACGUACGAUCUGCCCUUCUACAUGGCUGGCGCUCUGUUUGCCAUCUCGACGGUCACCAGCUUUUUGGCCCCCUGCCUGAAGCGAUGCAGCCCCUCGGAUGAGACGCCCGUCCAUGUCGAGACCCUCACGCCCAUCGAUGAGGAGCAGGAUGAGGAGGCGGAGGAUGACGAGGAUCAACCCAUCACCAUGGUGCCCAAGAUCAUCAAAACUCUGGCCAGUCCGCAGCAGGAGGAGCCGCCACAGCCGAUGUUCCCGCAACAACAGAAGAAGGCCCCAGCAGCAACGACAUCGGAAUCAAAGCUCUAAGUAUUCGAGAAGGAGAUGAGUUUUGGAGGGGGGCGUGGCACGGAAAAGAGAUGAAUUUACAUACGAAAGAGGGCAAACGCCAGGGGGAACCGAACCUAUUGAAAGAUCCAGCCAGAUAUUUUUCUAAAGCUUAUAUACAGAAAGCGGGUCGAUAGAUACGGGAAAGAGUAUUGUAGAGAGAGGGGAAGAAAGAGAGAGAGAGAGAGAUCACACACACACAAAA